AUGAAGCAUUUUUGUUGUUUACUAUUCAUAUUCUUGAAUGCCAAGCAAGAGAUUGUUGAUCUUUCCUAUUAUUGUAGAAUAAGAGUGAAUAGAGAAGAUUGCAUAUCAAUUCUUCACAACCAAAGUACAAUCAACUUUGCAGCACUUUUGAAAGAAGGGCUGAUCUUCCUUUUCACUGUCCUCCCUUUUCCUUUACACCUACUCGAGGUGUAUCAAAGAUUUGAAUUUGAAGAAUUUUUCAACAGAGGAAGCAAAUCUCUGUUUCAAGGGGCUUAUUUAGAUGAUAGAAUCAACAAGGUUUGUGGGCCCGCCUGGUGUCGGGAAAACAUCAUUGGCAUCAUCAAUUGCUGCUGCUCUUGGGAGGAAGUUCAUAAGAAUUAUCUCUUGUUGGUGUAAAAGAUGAUGCUGACAUUAGAGGCCAUAGAAGGACAUACAUUGGAAGCAUGCCAGGUCGCCUCAUUGAUGGAUUAAAGGUGAAUUUUUUCAUUUUUUUUAAACAAAAAUAUGUUUGAAAUUUUUACUUUUAUGAGCUAUAUAACAUUUCAGGUCAAAUUAAUGUAAUAUGUUUUGAUUAAUAUUAUACUCUGUUCUACCAUUUGGUACAGUACAGUUUGAAAUAAGGAAAAAAAACAAACACAGCGCCAAAGGCGCAGCUAAUUCCCCUCUAGUUGGAAUUAAAAGCUGAAAAAACAUAGGC